CUCAUCCAGAUUUUUCUUCACUUUUUUCAAUUCAUUCAUUCUCCCUUCGUUUCGGUCAUUUCUGAUCAUUGAACGAGAUUCAUAUACAUCUCAGUCUCUCCCUGGUUUAUGUACUCGACGAGACUCAACCCAAUUCGCAGUUGUACCCAUUGAUAUCCCACUUCCCUCCUCGGAAGCCUUCCGAGUCCACUUUCAAGAUGGACCGCGACGAAUUCCGGACAGCAGCGCACGCUGCAAUUGACGAUAUAAUCGGCUACUUCGACAACAUCCCCAACCAACGCGUCCUCCCCACAAUAACCCCAGGCUACCUGCGCCCCCAGAUCCCCUCCUCACCCCCAACAGACCCCGAGCCCUGGAGCGCCAUCCAAGCCGACAUCGACAGCAAGAUCAAGCCGGGCCUGACACAAUGGCAGUCGCCGAACUUCAUGGCGUUUUUCCCGGCGACGGUUACGUACCCGAGUAUCCUCGGUGAGAUGUAUUCCGCGGCGUUUAAUGCCCCCGCGUUCAACUGGCUGUGCUCGCCCGCGUGCACGGAGCUCGAGACGGUUGUUAUGGAUUGGAUGUGUCAGGCCUUGGGACUCCCCGAUUGCUUUUUGAGCACUUCGGAGAAUAAGGGCGGUGGGGUUAUUCAGAUGAGUGCGAGUGAUGCCGUGGCGACAGUUAUGAUUGCCGCCCGCGAACGGAGGGUCCAUUCCCUAGCCAAGGGUGAGGGGCUCAAGGAGGGGAGUGAAGAGUACGAGGACCGGGUUAUGGAGCUACGCCCGAAACUCGUUGCGCUGAGUAGCUCGCAGACGCAUAGUAGUACCGCGAAAGCGGCGCUGCUCGCGGGGACGCGGUAUCGCACGAUCGAUGUCGGACUGGAGAAUGACAUGGCGCUGACGGGGCCCGAGCUGCGCGCGAAGCUGGUCGAGCUGGAAGCCAAGGGGAUGAUCCCAUACUACAUCACGCUCUGCUUCGGGUCGACGAAUUCGUGCGCCGUCGACCGCUUCGCCGAGAUCCUCGCCGUGCUGCGCGAAAAGCCCUCGUGGCAGCAAAUCUGGGUGCAUAUCGACGCCGCAUACGCGGGGUCCGCCCUCAUCGCCGACGAAUGGCAGUAUAUCGCGCAGGACUUUGCCUCGGGCGUCGACAGCUUCAACGUCAACAUGCACAAGUGGCUGCUCGUCAACUUCGACGCGAGUCUGCUGUACGUGCGCAACCGGCACGAUCUGACCGACUUUCUCGAUAUUACGCCGGCGUACCUGCGCAAUCCGUUCUCCGAAUCGGGCCAGGUCAUUGAUUACAGGAACUGGUCUAUCCCGCUUGGGAGGCGGUUCCGCGCGCUGAAGAUCUGGUUCGUUAUGCGGAGUUAUGGGCUGAAGGGGUUGAAGGAGUAUGUCCGGAAGGGAAUCACGCUUGGGGAGACAUUUGCGGGGCUUAUCCGCGCAAGAUCUGAUCUCUUUGAGAUCAUCACCAAGCCUGCGUUUGGAUUGACGGUUUUCCGCAUCAAGGCGUCGAGUGUGGUUAAUGGGAAUGGGAAUGGGAAUGGAGUGUUGGCGAAUGGGUCGGCUCUUCCUCAGCCUGAUGAAAAGGCCGAUGGCAUUACGAAGGAGGUCUAUGAGCUCAUCAACGCCCGAGGCGAGAUCUUCAUCACGUCGACGGUCAUGUCUGGGAUCUAUGCCAUUCGCGUCGUCAGUGCGAAUGAGCGGGCCGAGGAAAAGUAUAUCCGGCGGGCGUUUGAUCUCAUUGUUGCUACUGCGGAGGAGGUUCUUGGGCAAAAGAAUUAGAUAUAGAUGUGGGGCUUGUGAUGUAGAUGAAUGUGUAGAGAUAUCCUCGUUCUAAUGCCGAUAUCCCCCUAAGAUUUGCUCAUUCAUAGUUUAGCUGGUGAAGAAUCUGGUCGCUUCCCCGCAUAG